UGCACCACACCGUGACUCUAAUAGGAAUUCUGUGACCACGGAUAUUUUGACAAUUGCAAAUACGUUAGACGGUCGGCCUCGAUCCGUGUUUAUUCUGUGCAAUGAAAAAAAUAGAAUACAUAGAUUCCGGCUUAUCGUAAUCGCGUAUAAUUUUGUCGAUACAUUAAAUCGUGAAAUAUUCUUGUCCGAUCGUCCCAUACAUCGUCUUAAAAUAUGGCACUGUCAAAUAUUUUGUUGCUCAGCCAAAUAGCGGGCUAUGUUGUGGCCCUUAUUCUGUCGCUUUGCAUCAUCGUGCCUAUGAGUUUACAUCAGGAUGAGUUUAGGGGACAUUGUCUUUUGUUUUCAACUGGAGUAUGGCAAGAGUCAGAUGGCCAAUUUGUAGUAAAUUGGGCGUCACAAUUAUACUGCAAUUAUACAAUAUUCGUAGGCCUGAUACUCCUCAUAACAUCGACUAUACAGAUCUACCGAUUGUCCCUGUUUAUGUACCGUGGCGAAGACAGUUCAUUUCUCUCUGCAUUUGUAGACGUUGUAACUUCCAUCGUUCUCACCACUAUCAGUUUAAUAGCUGCGAUUAUUGUAACUUUAGGUUUCAUGACUUGGUGUCAAUGUAUGACCAAGAGGUUUCCAUCAUGUGAAUUAGCAGCUGGAAAUGAUAUUGACAAGGCUGAUGGUAUUGACACAUCAGGUUUUCAUAUCGAACUUGGUGCUGCUCAAUUUGGUAUUUGGAGCAGCUUAUCAAUUUGGGUCGGUUUGUCGGUUUUCGCUGUUUUAAAGCUAUUAAGGUAUCAUCAGCUAGAGAAUAUGAAAGUUUCCAUGUAUAGAGAAAGGCAAAGAUUAAUAGAAGCUACCACGAGUAAUCAGCAGCAGGAGCAAAGUUAAAAGUCGGUAGUCUAACAUUUUGUUUCUCAAGGUAAUUUUGAUAAUAUGUUUGUUGAUUUGC